GUGAUGUACUAGGUGCUUCGUAAUCCUCUUUAAACAGGUGGAAUUUGUUGCAGGAUGUCUUUGUUGCUUGCUGCAAAGAGCGUUUGGCGUCAGCAAUCGGUGAUCAUGCUCUCUCUUCGAUUAAUCCUAAGCGACCUGAGCAAAUGAUCGACGGGAACUCGGUUCUCAGGUCAACAAAGCGUGCUACUCUUGACUACGUAGUGAACGUAAUUAAUAUCGUAAACUCUUUAACUGCGAAUUGUACAUCACAAAUACGUCUGCCGCAUUUCACAUCGAAGGUCAUUGACUUUCAACUCACACUACAUUCCGUUACAGCCAGUAGCGUCGAUCCUCCUCCGAUCGACACACUCAAGUCUUAUUUAGUAGACUUUUAAACUUUUCUACAAACUUCUCGCAUAUUCAUUAACAGAUCUCAUAAACACUAACGCACGUCGUCCUGCGCUUUAUUUGUUCUUCCUUCACGAUGUUUGGGGCAAUUUGUGCUGGUCGCCUGGUUCAAACGAAUCUUCAACAAAUAUCUGAAAAUCAGUUCCUCUUCGUCCUCGAAAAUGCAGAGUCCAUAAACCACAUCGUUGUUUUCGUACUUCCUACCUCUCCCUUUCCUAAUGGAUUUGGCGCCAAAGUCUACUUUCAAUGGCCAGACAAACCAUUUCAAUACCUGGGAUACCUUACUAACGAAAAACCCAGUGCCAUUUUCCGUUUGAAAAAUACCGUACAGCAAUUCACACAGGGUGCUGGUCCCGUUAGCGGUAUCACAGCCAGUCUUGGCAUUAGUGUUGAACCGCUGGAAAGCAUUGCACAGGAAGCAAUGGCUUCCAGCUCCUCAACUGCUCUUGCCAAACCCGCUGCUCCUCCGUCUUCUAUUGCAGAACGUAUCCUCAAAAACUUGUACAACUUUUUGGCUAGCUUUGCCGUCUCCAACUUGCCUCCAUAUGCCACGGGACUCGGUGAUUUGCGACCCAACGAUACUUAUGUGCCGCUUCGUGUGUUCCAAGACUGGCAUGCGAAGUUCCUUAGUAAGCUCACCAACAAUCCCAACUUCUUAAACGAGGAUCAGGCGUAACAUUCAUGCCAGACAAUGGCUGCAUAACCUUUAAAAUUAGCGGGAGAGGGUGUGUAAGUACGGAUAUGAAUAGUGCGUAUUGUUAGCGAAUAUUUUUUUCCCCUGUGAGUGUUUUCCAAAAACAGUUCGGAUGCUGUUUAUGUCCUUGGAAACACAGCAAGGUUCUCUACCCGUAGGAGACCACAUGCCAUUCCACUCGCAAGCCAACCAGCAUAUUUGAAGUUUGGGUUCCACUCUACCUUGCUGAUUUGCACUUGCCAAGGAUGCACGUACAAGCUUACCUUUCGUGGUUUAGGCAGAUUGGGACGAAAGUUUUCGAGUAACCGAUACACAUCAUAUUUCGAGCUGUACUCAAGCUGAUAUAACCGAUAGACACUCAUUUUGAAUUUGUGGGACCAACCCAGUAACCUGAAGGGAUUCAUCACCGUAACAAUGCCAUCUGCUCCGCCAGCUGCUACAAACGGGUGCCGGACGGUUGUACCGAUACUCAUCACAGAUCCAUUCCGCUCAUCUAGUGUAGGAUUUAAUGGAGAUCCACGGAUGGACUCGAGAAUAACACUUUGUGAUUCAUGUCCAAUUACAGUAGAUUGUAACAUAUCACUCCAUGCAAUGGACUGACAUACAUCUAAAUAGUAAUGUUAGUUUUGAAAACAAUGUGGUCCCUGUUUUGCUUACCUCUUUUGUGCGAUCGGCUCAUACUGUCCAAUUCAGGAUCACGCAGAUCAAAUAACUUCGUAUAGCAAUCGUAGGAAUUGGUAAGGAAAAUGUAAG